GAAGAUGUGGAGGCGACGAGCAGAAAAACUUCCUCUUCCGGCUGACCCACGGGGAGGAAGAUGGCGUCGCUGGUUCCUCUUGUGCUGUUUCAAGGGGUCGAAGCGGCUCCUGGGAGAUAAAGAAGAUGCCAAGAAGAGCACUUUGGACAACAGAGAAUGAGAAGCAGCAUUAAAAUGUAAAACAAGUCAUCAAUCAAAAUCUUUUCCACCCCCUCUGCAAAUUGUAAAAACUCCUCCUUCCUCAGCAGAUGAAAGACAAAGGAGAGAAUUAAAUCAAGAAUUUUUUCACCUGGAAAUAAAUACAGUAUCUGGAAUUCAAGAAAAUAUUACAUGAAAAGUCAAGGAGGAUAAUUUCCAAAUAAGGAAAAAGAGAGAAAUACCUGGAAGUCAGUAUAAAAGUAUCCCCUGGAUAGCCAAAAUGGACAGGCAUUAAUUAAAGCCUUUGAGGAAGGAAAUAAUGGCUUGAAUCAAAGAACCUCCAAGUAAGGGAUCCCAAAUAUUUUUGCUUCCUCAAGAAUCCAAGAAUAUCAGUGUUGUGAAAAACCCACAGACUGCCUAUUGUGAAAAAACACAGCUUGCUGAUCACAGCUGAUUAUGCAGAAAAGGAUCCACCCACUGAAAAAUGAUACAAAUAUUUAGAGUGUGGCCAAUGCUUUAUUUGAAAAACUUCCUCAUGAUUCAUUGAAUGACCCAAACUGGAGGGAAACUAUCAGUGCUUCUAGUGUGAUAAAAGAUUAACCAUGAACACCAAUGUGGUGAGACACAAGAGGACUCAGACUGGGGACACAAACUUUGAAUGCCCGGUUUGUGGGAAAAUUUUCACACGGAAUUCUGAUCUGGUGAUACACCAGAUGUCUCACAGGGCAGAGAAACCAUAUAAAUGUUCCGAAUGUGGAAAAAGUUUCAAUUGGAUCUGUCGCCUGAAGAUACACCGGGGGACUCACAAAGGAGAAAAUAAAUAUCAGUGCCAAGAUUGUGGAAAAGGUUUCAAUUGGAAUUCUCUCCUGGUGGAACAUCAGAGGAUUCACACAGGAGAAAAACCCUAUGAGUGUCCUGAUUGUGGGAAAGAUUUCAGUCGGAAAUCUGACCUGGUGAAACAUCAAAGGACUCACACAGGAGAGAAACCAUACAAAUGUCGUGACUGCGGGGAAAGUUUCAGUCAGAAUUCCUACUUGGUGAAACACCAGAGGACUCAUACAGGAGAGAAACUGUAUGAGUGUUCAGAUUGUGGGAAAGAUUUCAAUUGCAAUUCCGCCCUAGUGAAACAUCAGAGGACUCACACAGGAGAGAAACCAUAUAACUGUCCUGAUUGUGGGAAAAGUUUCACUCACAAUUCCUACCUGGUGAAACACCAGAGGACUCACACAGGAGAGAAACCAUAUAACUGUCCUGAUUGUGGGAAAAGUUUCACUUACAAUUCCUACCUGGUGAAACACCAGAGGAGUCACACGCAAGAGAAAUCAUAUGAGUGUUCAGAUUGUGGAAAAGCUUACAAGUGCAAUUCUUAUCUAGUAACACACCAAAAGAUUCACACAGGUGAAAAAUCUUACGAGUGCCUGCAGUGUGGGAAAAGUUUCAUUCAAAAUUCCAACCUUGUGCGACAUCACAGGAUUCACACUGGAGAGAAACCAUAUAAGUGUGCAGAUUGUGGGAAAAGUUUCACUCAGAAAUGUGACCUGGUAAUACACCAGAGGAUUCAUACGGAAGAGAAAGGGUAUGAGUGUUCAGAUUGUGGGAAAGGAUUCAGUUGCAGUUCCAACCUAGUGAUACAUCAGAGGACUCACACAGGAGAGAAACCAUAUAAAUGUGAUUGUGGGAAAUGUUUCAGUCAGAAUUCCUACCUGGUGAAACACCAAAGGAUUCACACAGGAGAGAAACCAUAUAAAUGUCAUGAUUGUGGGAAAAGUUUCAGUCAGAAUUCCUACCUAAUGAAACACCAGAAAACUCACAUGGCUGAGAAACUCUAUGAAUGUUCAGAGUGUAGGAAAAGUUUCAGUCAGAAUUCCUACCUGGUGAAACACCAGAGGACUCACACAGGAGAGAAACCAUAUAAGUGUACUGAUUGUGGGGAAAGUUUCCAUCAGAAUUCUCACCUGAUGGUACACGAGGCUAUUCACACCGAGGACAAACGGUAUCAGUGUGUGGAUUGUGGUAAAAGUUUCCCUCGGAAUUCUGAUCUGGUGAUACAUCAAAGGACUCACGGAGGAGAAAAAUUAUACGAGUGUCUGUUUUGUGGGAAAAGUUUCAGUCAGACUGCCAACCUGGUGCAACAUCAGAAUACUCACACAGGAGAAAAACCAUAUGAGUGCCUGGAUUGUGGGAAAAGAUUCAGUUGGAAUUUCCACCUGGUGAUACACCAGAAGACUCACACAGGAGAGAAACUGUACGAAUGUCCAGAAUGUCAGGAAAGUUUCAGUAUUAAAUCUGAAUUGGUGAAGCAUCAGAAGACUCAUAGAGGAGAGAAACUGUACAAGUGUCCUGAUUGUGGGAAAUGCUUCCCUCGGAAUUCCAAGCUGUUAAGACACCAGAGAACUCACACGGGAGAGAAACCAUAUGAGUGUCUGUAUUGUGGAAAAACUUUCAGUCAGAAUUCUAACCGGCUGAUGCACCAGAAAACUCACACAGGAGAAAAACCAUAUCGGUGUCCAGAUUGUGGGAAAAGUUUCAAUCAGAAUUCCUACUUGGUGAAACACCAGAGGAUUCACAGUGGAGAAAAACCGUAUAAGUGUCUUGAAUGUGGGAAAACUUUCAGUCGGAAUUCCCAUUUGGUGAUACACUGGAGGACUCACACAGGAGAGAAACCAUAUGAAUGUCCGGAUUGUGGGAAAGAUUUCAGAACUAGAACUAGCCUUAUAAAUCAUGUAAGGUUACAUAUAGGGGAGUAAACUUGCUAAUGCCCACAUUGUGGACAGUGUUUCGCACAAAGUUCCUCCCUUAUUACACAAAAUUUGCUUUGUGUUGAGUAAUAUUGAAUCUCAUUUCUUGUCUCUCAUUGUAAGCCCAGCUGAACAUUUAAUUACUUGUUCUUUUUAGUGAAACUUGUCUUAGUAUCAAAAAUGAGUGAGGGAUAGCAUAGAAUAAAAUAAUAAAGUUGGAGGGGAUUUUGUCCCUAUUCCAACCCAGCAGUGGAUUGGUCAUCUAAUCCAACCCAUUGCUCCAGGAGGAGACCCUAUACCAUUUAUGACACUUGAUUGAGUCUCUUCUUGAAAACUUCCAGUGAUGAAGCAUCCACAACUACUGAAGGCAAGCUGUUCCAUUGGUUGAUUGUUCUCACUGUAGAAAAUUUCUCCUUAUUUCUAGUUUGAAUCUUUCCUUGAUCAGUUUUUAUCCAUUCUUCCAUGUCUGGCUUUGGGUGUUUUGGAAAUAGUUCCCGCCUGGACUAUUGUAAUGCUGUCUACAUGGGGCUCCCCUUGAGGAACACCCGGAGGCUCCAACUGGUCCAGAAUGCGACCGCGCGGGUGGUUAUGGGAGCGUCAUGGCGCUCUCAUGUAACACCUCUCCUGCGCGAGCUGCACUGGCUCCCGGUAGUCCUCCGGGUGCGAUUCAAGGUGUUGGUUACCACCUUCAGAGCGCUCCAUGGCUUAGGACCUGGGUACUUACAAGACCGCCUGCUGCUACCAAUAGCCUCCCACCGACCAAUUCGCUCCCACAGAGAGGGGCUCCUCCGGGUGCCUUCGGCCAAGCAAUGUCGGCUGGCGACCCCCAGGGGGAGAGCCUUUUCUGUGGGGGCUCCUAGCCUCUGGAACGAAUUGCCCCCCGAGAUACAGAGGAUUCCCAACUUACGUACCUUCCGCCGGGCCCUCAAGAUGCUUUUAUUUCAACAAGCUGGCCUGGCCUAAUUUUAAUUUUUUUAAUCGUUAAUUCUUAAUUUUAAAUGUCUAAAUUGGGUAGCUUUAUUUUAAUUAGAUAUGGGCCAAACUAUUUAAUAUUUUUAAACUGUUUUUAAAUUUUAUAUUUGUGUGUUUUAUGUUGGCUGUACACUGCCCUGAGUCCCUUUGGGAGAAGGGCGGUAUAUAAAUUAAUUAAUUCAAUCAAUAAAUAAAUAAAUAAAUAAACAAAUAAAUAAAUAAAUAAAUAAAUAAAAAUAGGUUGCUCCCCCCCCCCCAGUGACAGCCCCUCACAUAUUGGAAGACUGCUAUCAUGUCACUGCUGGUCCUUCUCUUCACUAGAGUAGCCAUGGCCACUUCUUGUAACCAUUCUUCAUAUGUUUUAGCCUGCAGGUCUCUAAUCUGGGAACUCCUUUGGUGGGAGAGAGAAAGUGAGUUUGGAUCUGUAGGAAGUAUGUUUGCUGCCUUGAGUUAUUUCUGUAUAUAAUAAACAGGGAUAUAAACUA